ACACCCGUUCGCCAAAGACGACAUCCAUUUCGAGCUGCAGGUACUACCAACCUUAUUUAUACUCGACUACAUCCAGAAUCAAUCACACCAUAUACAUCAAAGACGCCAGUCGAAACAUACACGAUGCCUUCGGUCGAUGUUGCCAUGGUCCGAAGCCUUCGUGGCGGGCUGUGGGAGACCGUGGUGGACACUGUUGCAAGGAGCCUUGCUGCCCAGGUUAUAAAACGAGACCUUAUCUCCGAUAGUGAGAACAAAGCCUCGGAAAUCAAGCAAGCCUUUUCCAGCUGGGAUGGCUGCAUGGCUCACGUCUAUUGCAAGUGGCCUGCUAUUGCCCUUAUGAUUAUCGGCGGUCUCAUCCUUCUCAGCAUUGUCAUCUGCAUUGUCCGAUGCACCUGCUUGGGCAUGUCCUGCUGCUGCAGCUGCUGCUACUGUCUCAAGUGUUGCGGCAACUGCUGUGGCUGCUGCGAUACCCCCGGUGGAAAGCCCCACAAACAUCUCGAUGAACCAUACAAUCCCCAGCAAUCUGGAUACGGAGGAUAUCGCCAGGAGGCUCCCAUGGCAGCUCAUGUGCCGGCCCCCGCGCCCGCGCCAGCCUUUGUCCCGCAAGCUUCUCACGGACCUCCGCAGUACGCCGAGUUUGACGUCUCUAAGCAUGAUGCUGAUGCCCUUCCCGCCAUGCCAAGCUGGGAAACCGCCAACUCCAAGAAGAUGGUACUCGAAGAGGAGGUCGAGAUGGAUGAUUUGCCGCCGCCCAAGAAAGAGGCUCUCCCUCAACAGAAUCAGGGCAUGAACAGCCCCAGGUUCGGAGGACCUCAGCAGCAACAGCAGCAGCGACGACCCCCGCAACAACAGAGGGCCAUGGGUCGAAAUGACCCGUACAACCGCCAACAGACCACUUCCCCUGGCCAAAUGAACAACUAUGGCCAGCCCGCUAGCCCAUACGGCGGACACGACCAAGGCUACGGUGCCCAUGACCAAGGCUACGGUGCUCAAAAUCAAGGAUAUGCUGCCCACGAUCAAGGCUACGGUGCUCAUGAUCAGGGUUAUGCCGCUCACGACCAAGGCUAUGGUGCUCACGAUCAAACCUAUGGUGCUCACGAUCAAGGCUACAACGCACACAAUCAAGCCUACGGAGGACAUGACCAGGCCUAUGGCGCACACGACCAAGCUUACGGUGGACAUGACCAAGGGUUCAACGAACAUGGACAGAACUAUGGCGCGCACGAACAAAACUACAAUGGCCACGACCAAGGCUACGACAACCACGUGGCGGAUGGAUACGGUGCCCAUCAACCUUAUGAUCAUGCAGCUCCUGCCGCAGGCAUGAGAAUGAGCCCUGUUCACCAAUCGCCUACUUCCAGCCAGAAUGGAUUCGGCAUCCCACGACAGAUGACACCAGGCCCGGCGCAUAUGCCGAUUGCUCCUCAGGAGCUUGAUGGACACACCUCACCAGACCACUAUGGCGCGGAUCCCAAUAUGCGAAAGUCUCCUGGUCCCGGCCUGAACCAAAGACAGUCCCCAGGCCCUCAGAGUGACUUUGGCAUCGCCCCGCAGAACAAGCCGGUCCCUUACAGGACGUAUACUCCGGCGCCGCAGAAGGCCGUAAAUGAAGCUCCUGUCGCUCCUCCUCCCAUCGCCAACAAUGGGGGAUUCGACUUUAGCUCGGGCUAUUCCCGUCCUCAGACCCGAGAGGGACCCAACUACGAUCGCCGCCCCAGCGAAUCUCACGAGCGUGAAGACCACGAGGGAUACCCAGGCUACAAGCCCUACAGCCCGUCCCCACAGAACUGGACCGGUGUCUAGAGAGCUUCUGCCAAAUGAUCGAAUAUUCAUGUUUAAUCCCGUUCUAUCUGCAUGACAUGUAUGUUGGUGUAUCAUAUAUUCUGAGGACAUUUUUGCGUGGCGUUUUUUAAAAAGGCGAAUCAGCAGCCAGAUAGAGAGGUCUAGUGGUGUUUUUCUUUUUCUUUUUUAUACAAGGCAAACCCUCGUGUUUCGGUGCUUGGAUCAUUGCUCACAUGAUGACGAUAUUGUUUUGGAUAUGCUCGCUUGGUUGAUUUCUUUUUUACGAUUCUUUGACGGGCAUUGUUUGCCUUGAUCUUUUUGGAGGCAUGGAUGAUGAGCACGGCUUGGAGCUUUUGUAUGUAUGACGCAAAGGGACGGGAGUUUUUAACGUAACUAUGAUGAAGAAGA